CCGCGGGGCCGAGGAGGGUGGCGGGAAGGCGGCGGUGCAUUCUGGGAGGCGCGGGGAAGGGCGACGUCCGGGCGACCAUCUGACCCGACGGCGACGGCUCGCCGGGCCACAACGACGACGACAACGACGACCACCUGCAGUCUGCGGAGGAGGCACGUGGUUACCCGACACGCACGCGGAACACCAGCUGCACGCUGGGAAAUCGCAAUAUCAAAGUUUGUGAUUGGUCCCGAGAGGUCACAUGGCUGGACCAGCCGUCGCCGGCUGCCGAGAACGUCCUCCUGCGUCCAGGACCACCUUCGUACCCGAGAUUCAGGGCAUGAUGUUUGCCCUGGGAGACGCUCAUAGGCCAUCGCCUGAGACGGCAGCCCUGGUGGAGGACAUUGUGCACACGCAGCUUAUCACCAUGCUCCAUCAGGCCAGCGAGGGCGCCACACUUCGUGGUUCAAGGGUCAUCGCCGUGGACGACAUCCUGUUCUUGAUGCGCAGAGACAAGCGGAAGGUGUCGAGGCUGCUGAAGUACCUCCAGUUCCGAGAUUACAAGUCGAAGCUUCUGAAGAGUCUGGAGGACGACGACGCGCAGCAGGAACAAGGGGCGGGGCCGUCGGGCGCGGUCGCCGGGGGCGCCCAGCGGCGUCAGCGCCUGGCCCAGGAUUACCUGCUGUGGUUGGACCACACGGGCGAGCUCCUGUCACUGGCCGAGCGGCAGGAGAUGGACCCCGUCAAGCGAGAGAGGCUGGAGCGUAUGGAGCGCCACAGCAGAGCCAUGGACCAGACGCAGUACGCCGAAUUCUGUGAGAGUCGACAGCUCAGCUUUGCCAAGCAAGCGUCCAAGUUCCGCGACUGGCUGGACUGCAGCAGCCUGGAGCUCAAGCCCAACGGCGUCGCCAUGGAGAUCUUGUCCUACCUGGCCUACGAGACCGUCGCCCAGAUCGUGGACUUGUCCCUGCUGGUGAAGCAGGAAGUGGUGGCAAAGACGGACGCCGUCGCGCACGUCGUCUCGGCCAGCCACAUCCACUACAACACGCGCGCUGAGGUCAAGAAGGAAUCGGAUUCCCCCGAGGCCACGCCUCCCUCCACUCCUGGCUCCUCCAAGCCCCUCCUCCAAGGCAACGGAAGCUUGGACGGCGGGCGCGCGCGGCAGAGGAAACGCAAGAAGAGCUGUCCUGCCACCGUGGAACCUUCCAGCGGAGCCAUCCAGAUUUGUCACAUCCGAGAGGCCAUCAGAAGAUACAACUACAGACACACCAGCGCCUACAGGAGGAGCGGGAUGUCAUACCUGGCCUGCUGAUCACAACACAUGGAAAACACUUUUUUUCUGUCAGAAACCUUUUGUUUGUAUGUGUAGUAAACAUCACUCGUACGAAAGCUGGCGUUGCCCAAAUAAACUUUAUUGGUCACUAACACAUAAACAGACACUGAGAGCGCAAGACACACGCUCACUUUGAACGGUGCUUAUCGCAUUUCAAACGUUGGAAAAAGGAUGCGUUCAACGUUGCUCAGUAUUUUUGAGCGCUGUUGACCAGGGCUUCUCGCUCCGUCACAAGUUCUCCGUAUCGCUGCUGGAGUUCCCGCUCUCGAUCCAUCUGGCGCUCCAUGUCCUCACGCAACGCCUAAACACAUGCAAAAUUGUGCUUAAAAUGACAAUAAAAUAUAUUUUUCCAAAAGA